AUGGAGCCGGGCCUCAACGAGCGACAGUAUGGCUUCCGCCGUGGCCGCUCGACGCUGGACGCGAUCGCCAGGGUGAGGGACCUGGCAGAAGAGGAGGUGGCUCAGGGUGGGGUUUUGUUGGCUGUCUCGUUGGACAUAUCCAACGCCUUCAACUCCCUGCCCUGGGAAGUCAUCCGAGACGGGCUGAGGUACCACAACGUGCCGUGUUACCUGCAGCGACUGAUCGGUGACUACUUUGCUGGCAGAGCGGUCUCCUACCCGACGAGCGACGGUUGGAGAAGAAGACCGAUGACGUGCGGUGUUCCACAGGGCUCGGUACUGGGGCCCCUUCUGUGGAACAUCGGGUACGACUGGGUGCUGCGCGGGGCCACUCUGCGGGGGGUCAGCGUCACAUGCUACGCUGACGACACCCUCGUGUCGGCCCGCGGCAGCUCCCAUCGCGAGGCGGCUUAUCGAGCCACAGCCGGCGUCGCACACGCGGUUCACCGCAUCCGUGCACUGGGCAUUGAUGUGGCCUUGCACAAGGCAUGUGUGAUGGUCAUCACAGUGGGCGGAACUUCCAUCACCAUCGGGUCGACGAUGAAGUACCUGGGACUCGUACUCGAUGGCAGGUGGAAGUUCGAGGAGCACUUCCGGCGCUUGGCCCCAAGACUGGUGGCUGCAGCCGGAGCGCUGGGGCGGAUUCUCCCCAAUGUCGGAGGACCGGGAGGCUCGUGCGGACGCUCUGAGUACACGCAACGUCGCGUCCCUGCGACGUCCGCAGCGAGCGAUGGCGCUCAGGGCGGCUCGGGCGUACCGUACGGUGUCGUGCACUGCAGCCUGCCUGCUGUCCGGAAGCCCGCCAUGGGACCUCGAGGCCGAGAUCAACUCGAGCGUCUACUGGCGGCUGAAGGCAGCGAGAGCGGAGGGAGACCGACCCCAUCCUCGGGAAGUUCGGAGCUAGAGGGAGGAGGCCAGCGGAAGGCUCUUCGCAAAAUGGAAAGAGAGGCUACGCGUUCCGGGAGUGAGUCUCACUCACUUACGUACCACCUGACACAGCUUCUGACCGGCCACGGAUGUUUUGCAAAAUAUCUGUGUGACGUGGCCGGCAGAGAGCCUACAACGACGUGCUACCAUUGUGGCAACGGAGCCGUGGACACGGCCGAACACACGCGCGCAGAGUGCCCAGCUUGGGCAGAGCCUCGCGCUGCCCUGUUCACGGCUAUCGGACAAGACAUCUCGCUUCCGGCCUUAGUGCGUAAGAUGGUCGCGAGUGCAGAGGCGUGGGCGGCAUUACGGGUCUUCAGCGAAACCGUAAUGUCCGCACGCGAGCCACGCGCGUUCCCGUAG